CAAUGCAGAGACCCACUGUGCAAAGGAAAUUCCUAGUGCGCGUGCAGGAUAAAGCGGGAAUGGAUCUCACGCACAAACCUUCGUUCACAUUGAUGUCGGUGGAAUAUAAAAAUAAAAUCUGAAAAAUGACGCAAUAUGCUCUAGGAGUCCACCUGCAGAUUCUGCUGGCAGUGGGUCUGGGAGUGUUCUGCUUCUGCCUGGUGCUGGGCUGUCUACUGUGUUGGCGGAGAGGGAAGUAUCAUCCACCAGAGGACAAAGAGGCUGCACUGUCCCCUUCCUCAGCCACGUGUGAACGGGUCACCGUGACCCUGACCCCCUCCUCUGGCACCUUACCCAUCAAGCAGCAGUAUGAGGAGCUAGACGGGGAUGUCCUGGACCUCCCCUCCCACAAUAGCAGCUCCUGCCCCUCUGAGAAUGACCUCACCACCCUGCCCUUUGAACCUCGCCCCCGGUCGUCCUCCUCUGAGCUGAGGUCCUCCUCCAGGUCCUGCUUCCCCAUGCGUCGCCUCAGCACCCCGGUUGUGUCCUCCUCCUCCCACUACAAGCCUUCAGGCCAUGGCCGCGCCUCCCUGCCCUCCAUCCCCAAACUGGGCCUAGUCUCCAAGACCCGUCGGGCGCUGGAACGCCGCUACUCCGUGAACGGUGACAACUUCCUGUACAGCGAACAGAGCCGCCUGACCAGCCCUCGCAGUGCCAUGCACCCUCCUGGCCCUCAGAGGGAGCUGUCCCAGCCACAGUAUGGCUCCAGCUCCCUAUCCAUCCCCACCAAGCCUGCUCCUCUCCUACACUUCACCCUACUCUUUUCCCCGGCACGGGGCACUCUGACCACCAACAUCAUGGGCCUGUCCGGGGCGGCACGGCGGCGCAGUGGGGUGUUCGUACGAGCCAGCCUGCCCCCGCUCUGCCCCUCACCCCAGCAGGGGGCAUCUCGGAGGCACAGCCUCAGCACAGAGAUACAGUGCCAGAGCCUUGUGCUACAGGUGGGCUCUGUGGAAGAGCUCCGCGCCUGCACCCUCCGGCUGGCUGUGUUCAGCAGGGACUUUUCAGGCCUGAGAGAGACAGCGCUGGGAGAGCUGGAGAUGCCUUGUGGGGAGAUGGACUGGGAGCCCGACACAACUGUCACCUACACCAGGGAGCUCACCCCCACCAGGAGUAGGCUGAAAAGGAGUAUGAGUUCCCAGGAGACGUUGGGUCGUAGGAAGAGUUCGCUCUGUGCUGCUCCACGGGCCCUGGGUCAGCUCUUCAUUCUGCUGCAGUACCAGACACUGGCCCACCGCAUCAAGGUGAUGGUCCGCAAGGCUGAGAACCUGGCCAAACUCUCCCGGAUGCCAGGAGCAGCAGAUCACUACGUAGUCAUCAACCUCCGUCAGGAUGGGAAGGUGAUCAGUACGAAGGAGACCAAAGGGGCGGGGGGACACAACGCUGUGUGGAACGCUCCCUUUCUCUUUGACCUGCCUGUUGGUGACAUCACUCAGCUGCCUCUUGCUCUGGAGUUCAUCAUCAUGCAGGGGCGGCUCUACACGAAGAGCAGCAUGCUGGGCCGUGUGUUGAUUGGCUGCGAGGCCCCAGAGGCAGGACAGGGACACUGGAGGGACAUGUGCAGUCAGGGACAGGUGGAGACAGCGUACUGGCACCCCAUCGCACCAGAAGUUGUUUAGGACAUUAUAGCUGACCUUAUGGAGGUGCCAGGUGGGUCAGAACGUUGCUGGAGAGAGGACAGGUGAUAGAGGGCUUGCCAGACUAAUGGGACACGCACAAAGGACGGACAGCAAAUGGACUAUCGGUGAUGGUACCUGUAAACAUAUUGUGAUGGCAUUGCAUUUAGACCUGUAGUACCUGAUACUUACUGUUCCACACUGCCCUAACAGUGAGAUACAGGCCACAGGAUGGACUGCCACUACUUCUGUAUGAUACCAGUUGCAUGGAUUUGUGUUAUAUGUUGGUGCUGUUUGUAUCAUAGAGAAAAAUCGGUCAGUCCCACACAUCUUUAAAGUUGGAAUCCGUAAUUGAAACUACAGCAAAGCGGACAACCCACCUGUGUUUUGGUAAAAGGCUGAGGGAUGAGCCUGGAGAAAGAUAACCGCUCUCAAAUUCAUAGUCACGACUGAACAUCCAUGAUAUCAAAAUGAUAGUUUUAACCAUGUUUUGAGGAUAUACAGUGUUUGUUUGCAUUUACAUCAUUGACAAACAUUGGAGUUAAACAAGCUUGUAUUUUGGGUUCUGAUGGAGUAGGACUGUUUAAAUAAGCUCAUGAGGCAUUUACAAGUUAUAUUUUUCAAGAAUCAAUGGGUAUACUGUAUCAUUAAUUCCAAAGUCCAAAGAUGGGGGUAGCAACUAAGGAUUCCAGCUUUAAUGACCAUUGUCUGAAUUUGUUCUACUGUCAAUGAUUCUUAAGUCAUGGUCAAAACACAGUCAUGGCCAAAACACUUCUUGAGUCAUGACCAAAACACUUCUAUUCGUGUUUUAUUGUGACGUUCUGUGUCAGUAUUUGUCCUCAGCCUUGAUCUCUGCUUGCUUUGUUUGUGUUUUGCUCUUGUGGUACUUGUGGUCUGUGCUACUUGCAUGAUUGGGACCUUUGCCAGACAUUAGCGUGAUUGAAGAAGUGAUCAAGUGAUCAUCAUGCGCCAUACUCAUGAAGACAGGAGUUUGAAAAGCCAUUUGCGUACAUCAAUCAGCCAACAAUUGAUGACUGUAACUGUGUAGGCAUUCCUUUUAAGGGACUUAUAGUGUACACAUUAUGUCAUGGGACUUUCAUUUAUUUUAAUCAGCAUUGAUAAAUGGAUGCCUGUCUUGUUUUGCUAAAACUGCAUAUUUAUGCUUUUUAACAGAGAAAGCUCUCACAGUUGACAUGUGUCUCUGAAUGAUAGUGAUGUGAUGAAGAUACCAUAUGUUCUGUCAUAUUUAUAGAUAGUAUAUGUUCCAUGCACUAGAAUAUUACAUGCACCUAACAUUAUUACAAACAAAAUAUCACAGUUGACUAGUGGAGUAAAAUGCCUGAUAUGGAAAGACUUGUAGAACUCAAUCUUCAGUCGUUGUUUCUUAUGUAGUGCUGAUGGCAUGUCUUUUGAUGGUUAUAAAUAUCCAUAUGUAGCAAUGUUGCUGCCGUCCUUCUCCUUGCUCCAACCUGGGCUCAAACAAGGGACCCUCUGAACACAUCAACAACUGCCUCGCACAAAGCAUUGUUAGCUAUCACUCCAAAAAAGCCAUGACGUU